AUGGCGUCGCCCUUCUAUCUGGGGGCUGAGGAGGAUUCGUUGACCCUGCAGGACCUGUUGGACUGGAGCCGGCGACGGAUGAGCGAAGGCGAGGCGAGCUUCGCGUCGACGGAGUUCCAGCGGGAAGCGUCGCCCAAGUCCUGGGAGGACGAGGUCUUCUACAGCAUCCUGGUGGAUCGCUUCGCCAAUGGCGACAUCACCAACGACAACAGCAACCUGACGAUGGUCGUUGGGAUGACCUUGGAAAAUCUAGACUCAAAUCUCCUGCAGUUUCAAGACAUGAAGGCGUUGAUAUCUGUUGGGUGGCGCUGCUCUACAGUGCAAUGGAGGCGUUUCAGCCGCUUGGCACCCAGAUCACCACCACUUUGGUGGCAACAAGGCUGGCCACGGAAAGGUGCUGGCAGCGUUGCGGAGGCGGAGUUGCUGGCACCAUUGGGAGAGCUGCUGAUGCCCGGCGUGCUGUUGGGAGACAUGUUUCGGAGUUUCAAAGGACCUGCAGGCUGGAGCAAAUCUUAUGUUGAGCCAGAUUUGACGACUUAUGGUGUGCUGAAAGACAAGACUGCAGCGCUCUUCGUGGAGUAUGAUGGGUACUGGCGGCAUGCGGAAAAGGAAGGCAUCGUGCGAGAUAAGAUGAAGAACGAGGCUUUGUUGACAUUUUCGCCUCCUGGUUCCUACGUGGUCAGAAUAAAUCACCACAACAAGUGUGAUAUGGAAGAAACCAUUUUGUGGAUCAGCAUCAACACUUGGAGCAGAGGAGAUCAGAAGUCUCUUACGAGGGCCUUGAGCAAUGUGUUAGAUGAGAUGGUGCCAAGACUUCAGCAUGCUUUGGUUCCAAGUGUGCACAAAAGGGGUGCUGCUGAGCUGAUCGCAUGUAGUCCGCGCAUUUUGUCCUACCGCCAGCAGCGUUUGGAGCACCGUUUGAGCGUUUUGGCCGAGCAGGGUAGUCUUGCGAAAUUGGCCGGUGCCAUGACUCGGACUGAUGAGGUGUUUCACAGACGCUUUGUAGCUCAAAAAUGGACGAACGCCUUCCACAGUGGUGCAUCCGGCAACAUCCCCGACUUCCAGCGGGAGCAGCUGAAGUCCAAGAAACCGUGGUCAGUCCAGCGCUGGCGCCAUGGCGGAGAUUUGCACGGCGUGAAGUCACGCCUCAGUUACCUGAGGGAUUUGGGUGUCACCGUCCUGGCCUUGUCGCCCAUCUUUCUGAACAGUGCUGGAGAGUAUCAUGGCUCCUGCACAACGGACCUGACCAGCAUCGACUCGAACUUCGGCAACAAGGAGUUGUUGAGGGAACUGGUGCACGAUGCGCACACCUUGGGUCUGAAGGUGGUCCUGGAUGUGCAAGUGAACCACGCCUGCGGCGGCGGCUUGAAAUACCUGGGCGCCAACAGUGGCGUGGACGGUGUCAGCAACUGCGUCCUGUCGACGGGUGAGACCUACUGGGACUCGGAACGCGGGACGCCUCUGAACGAGUUCGGACGCGGGCGCCUCGGCUUCGGCGACUCGCUGCCGUCCUUCCUGCGGCACCAGUCCUUCUUCACCCGCUGCGGCCCGGCGAAGCUCUACAGGCCCGGCGGCCGCGACUUCCGCUCGCUGCCGGCCGAGAACGCCACGGCUAUCGCAGCGGGGUUGCUCUUCCCAGAGAUCUUCCAGGACACGGCCUUUGAGCUGAAUACCAUGAACCCCGUGCUGCAAGAGCUGUACACCAAUAUGCUGAAGUACUGGAUCGCCGAGGUGGACCUGGAUGGUUACCGCCUCACGGCGGCCUCGCACGUCACGGCGGACUUCACGGCGUACCUCUCGACACACCUGCGCUUCUACGCCUCCGCGUUGGGCAAGGAGAACUUCUUCAUCGUGGGAGAGGUGAACCAGGCCACCACGCCCUUCGGCGAGAGCUACCUGGGUCGCGUGCAGGGCCGUGAGGGGCCGCGGACGCUGCCGAAGAAAGUGCAGGGUGUUUUGGAGGAGCUGUGCCAGUAUUACAGUGCGCUGCCUGACCAAGAACCCGGGCUCCUUUCGAGUUAUCCGCUACAGGAGGUUUUCCACCUCCGCGACAGCGUGCUGGGCGCCAGCAACGCCAUGGGUCUCUACGAACAGGAGGGCGCCGUUGCGGCCAUCGAGCGCUCGCGCACCGCCUUGGCCACGGGGAAGAUGCGGCUGGCGCUGGCGGGGGCGGAGUCCCGCGACGUCCGGAAGCUGCUGAGCUCCCCGCGGCAGGGCCACGAGUUGUGGCGCCUCAUCAUCGCCAUGGCCUGGAGCUUCACCUGGUAUGGCAUACCGGACCUGACCAGCGGCAUGGAACAGGGCCUGAAUGGCUUGUGCUAUCGCACCGAUGAGGAGCGCAAGAAGUUGCACGACGACAUGGUGGCACAGGGGAUUGAAGGCGAUGUGGUGCACAGCAUCUUGGCGAAUUGCGACUAUGAGGCCUUGGGCGAUCAGACGGACAGUGGCUUUUGGCACCAGGACUCCUUCCUGGGCGGCCCCAUGCGCCUGGGCGCGGCUGUAAAAUCGGUGAAUCGCGAGGUGGGCAUCAUGAACCACCUGAUGGGUGCGGGUGGGCCGCACUGGUGCGAAGAUCCGGUGGUGGAUCGUGAGAACCAGGCCUUCAACACAGCCAGAGCAUUGAUCCGCAUCCGCCGCUCCUGCUACCCUCUGCGCACCGAGCUGGACGUAGCGGCCGGCGAUGGCGCGCAGUUGGCGUAUUGGAAGAUGCACGACGGACGCGAGGACAUGCUCAUCGAGGAGCAACCUUUGGGGAUGCUGGUGGUCCUCAGCAUCUCGCCGGAGCCCAGCAUCGAAGCACGCAAAUAUCGCUUGCCCAGAUCCUUGCGCUACACCGAAGGGCAGGCCUUCAUCGAUCUGCUGCACCCCCAGAGGUUGGCCAUGGUCUUCACCUCCUCCAAUGGAACCUUCCUAUUGGUCCCGGCAGAACUGGACCCUUCGCACGUGUCCAUCUUCGCACCAGUGGAGACGGCGGUGAAGGAUCUGGAGGGUAGCGACUGGAUGGUGUGCCGUGGAGUGUCACUGCCGCCGUUGCGCGAUACCUGUAAAGAAACCGCGCGCUCCGACAUGUGGCUGACCGCUGGACUGGUGAUCCUUUGGAUCGUCCGUGGAGUGGGCAUCUUGGCGUGGAACUAUCGCACGCGCAUCUACCUGUCCAUCGUGAAGGAAGCGACCUUUCCCAACAUCAUGCAGAUCUCAGGUCCCAGGGUGGAGCCGAAACACGUGAUCUGCGCGGCCAUUGAACACACCAUCCCGGAGCGUGGCGUGAAGGUGAGUGCUGGUGGCUUGGGAAAGGUCUUGGAUCAGAUGCUCAGGGAACAUCCUCAGUGCACCUUGAGCUUGGUGCAUCCCAUGUUUGGCGAUGUGGACUAUGGCGAGCUGGAGGACUUUGACGAAAUUCGCUGCGUGGUGGAUGGCAAGGAGCAAACGAUCCAGGUCUAUACCAUGCAGAGCGAGCUGAAUGGCAUCAAGCGCGUGUGGUACAUCCUGAAACACGAAGUCUUUACGGAGAAGGUGAAGACGGCGCCGUAUCCGCCGUCCAUGACCAAAGUCAGGACUUUGCGUUACUUCUCCUUGUGGAACCAGGCGACGGCUGCGUUGAUUCGGAAGUUGAAACCCGACAUCUACCAUUGUAUGGAUUACCAUGCCGCGUUGGCUCCGUUAUAUCUGGAGGAGAGUGAACAAAUUCCUAUCAUUUUGGUCCUGCACAAUGCCGACUACAUGGGAGUGGUAGAGACAGACUUCAUCAGCGAUCGCUUCUGGAAGACGGUGACGCAGCUGAGACGUCUCAGCUUAAUCCUGAACCUCAAGGUGGCGACCAUCAGAAAGUAUUGCAUGUUUGAGGGUCGCUUCAACAUGCUGAAGGCAGGCGUCACCUACAUCAAGCAGACGCAGGCGGGCUACGGCAUUUGCGCGGUCUCCGAGAACUAUGCCGUGGAGCUGAAGCGUGAGCGCACCUUGUUCGCCGGCCUGCCGUAUCUCAUCAGCUUGGACAACGCCACCGAUCCCGCGGACAUCCAAACGAGCAUCGAGAAGCUCCGCGCGCUGCGCUUCGAGGCCAAGGGCCAACUGCAACGGCACUGCGGUUUGGAUGAGGACCCAGGCGCCAAGAUUUUGAUUUUCAUCGGGCGCUGGGUGAAACAGAAGGGUGUGGACCACAUCGCCAUGCUGACGCCGGCCUUCCUUCGGAGUCACCCAGAGGUGCAGAUCAUCCUGGCUGGGCCGCCGGACGAUGCCUGCGGCCUCUAUGCUGGCACGCUGCUGGAUCAGCUGGGAGAUGAGUUCAAGGGCCGUCUCUUCGUCUGUACCAAGUUCUUCAGGCUACCCGAGGAGCUCCGCCGGGGUGCGCACCUGUGCUUCACGCCCUCGUGUUCCGAGCCCUUCGGCUACGUGGACGUGGAGUUCGGCCUGCUGGGCGUGCCCUCGGUGGGGGCCGCCAUUGGCGGUCUCGGAAAAAUGCCAGGUGUCUACUUCCGGCAGCAGAACAGUGAUGACUCGAAGAGUUUGAUCGACAGCUUCUUUUGUUCUGUGGACCAUGCGCUGAAUCUGCCUGACACGGAGUAUUGGGAGAUGGCGCUGAAUGCCACCAAGGCGGACUUCCCCUUCGACACCUGGAGGGCCAACCUCUCAGGUUCUUACUCCAAGGCCAUCACAAACUUCAAAUCCUUCGCGGGGGAGGGCAAUCUCCUCUUUGACGCACAGCAACACGCAGAUGCUGGAACCCGCGAAGUGCUGAACGAAGCCAUGGCGCCGCGGAAGGCCACGGUGCUGCGACGCAUGAGUUCCACCGCGCAGGUGGCUCAUCAGAUGCGUAUUUUGGACAUCGACGAGGACGCGGAGUUCCUGACGCAGCCGGUGAGCGACGACCGCACGCACGAGCUGAUGAGGGAAGCGAUCUUCCAGGGCCAAAUGAAGGGCAAGGUGAAGGAUGCGGAGCAACUGCAGAGUCAGAUCUGCCAGGCCGAUCAACGGCUGACGGAGCGCAGCCACAUGACGCAGUGGCUGAUGAAGCCCUUCGCGCGGGGCCUCUGUCUGCGCAUCCACGUGGUGAUUGCUCUGGGCUACAUCUUCUCUCCCGUGGGUGAAACCCUGCUGAAGAGCAUGGACGUGCGUGCACGGUCCAAUACCUUGGCAAGCGAACACGCCUUGUGGAUCACUUUCUACAUGGGGGCUGGGUGUGGCUGCUUGCUGUGGCUCUUCCUCUCACGUGGCAUUCCGCCCAAUCUUCUGAUGGCCAGCUCGCAGUUGCUGAACAUCAUCUUCUUCGUCUUGGUGCCAUCGCUACCAGGAGAAUUCUUCGAGAGUCCCUUCUCCACCUUGACCUACUUGGGUCUCUGCGGUCUGCAGAGCACCUCGCGCUUGCUCUUCAUCGUGUGGAACUUUAACGAGGACUUCCAUGGCGGCUUCCAGGUGGCCGCGAAGCGCAUCGGAGUGCUGGAAAGUCUCCGGAGCUGCGUGGGCUGGAUCUCUGUGAACCUGAGCUACGCAGGUUUGGAGUUCAUCAACCGCAACCUGGUCUUAGUGGUUUCCCUGGGCACCACCGUGCUGUUGUUCAAGGCGCCCCAGUGCUAUGCGUCGUACGUGUUGCCGUCCACUGGAAUUCUGGAAGGAAUGACUCACAAAUCAUUCAUCUUGCUGGUCUUUGCAGAGUUCCUGAACAUGCUCUCAGCUUAUCCCAGUCAAACCUACACCCUCUGGUGGACGCUGAAUGGCUUCGAGCCUGGAGAAAUCGCCGGCUUCGCAUUGCUGACCGGCUUCAUGGCCCCGGUGAUGCUGACGGCCAUCUUCGCGCUGCUCGCGAAGAUGAACCGAUGGGGUCCAUGGGCCAUGCGCGACUUCACCUGCCUCCUACCACCGGGGUCACUGCUGCGCGCGCUGGCUCUGUGGGACUUGGGAAAUCUGCACUUCCGCUCUCGCAUCUUCGUGGUCGCCGUGUUGCUCUCCGUCUGUGUGGACGUGGCACAUGGUGCUGCAGUCUGGUCCUCCAUCAUGACCAUCCUAGGCAACAAGUGGUACGCCUUGAAGGGCUGCUACAUCUGCCUGACCUUAGCCUCUUUUGCUUCGGCCUUCAGCCCAUGGGUGGGACAUUGCCUUGGCACUGCCUUUGCGAACGCUUCCAACCUCUACAAGCCAACUGUUGAGGACAAUGCCAACUUGGACGUGCCGGUGAGCGGCAAAGGCUCCUUCAGCGACGCUACGUUCUGGGCUGUGGUGCCCUUGGCGGCCUUGAGCUAUGUGUUCCAACUGAUGGCAAUGCGCUACUUCAACAACGACAUCCUGACCUUCAAAGGACAUGGCAAUCUCCUGCCGGACGGCUGUCGCACAGGCUCCGAUUCGCAUAUGGAGGCAGUUCCAACUUGGAAAGUGAAACGCCUCCGGAAGGCGGCCCUGAAGAAAGAUAAGGUGAAGAAAAAGAAGCAGAACGAACCCAAGACCAAUCGCUUCAGUGCUCUUUUGGCCAACGGCCAGUUGCCCGUGUUGGAAACCAUCGGGGCAGAGGAGGCCACGCCAGAGCACUCCAAAGAAGCGAAGACGCCUACGGCCCGGCGCCUGCCGCGGACCCCGACGGUGACUUUCGACAAGACCGUGGACAGCAUUGAGGUGGAUCAUGAGGAGGCUGCAGGCUUGGCGGCCCUUCGAGGAGCAAGCAUGGGCAGAAGAAGUCAAAGCCGCUUGAGCCCAGGCACAUCAUAUACCAGCUACACCAGUCAAGGCACCGUGCAAACAGGAGACAUUCAUCACAAAGAGGAUGAGGCGGGUCGCUCCGAAGCAGAGCCUUGAGAUUCGAUUACAGCAGUGGCCUCGCUGGGUGCGCCGUUUUUUUCCAAACCGCACAGCGGUGGGGUCCAAACUUUGCGGACCAAGAACUGUUUUUUUUGCGGAUGGUGGGGGGUUUUGAGUUGAGGUUGC